AUGGGAGGGUCCAAUGUGAAAGGUUUGGAACCCCUCCCCUUAUAUAUAAAACAAAGACUCCGCCUCCAAUAUGUGGCAUUCAGUGUGUGUCCACACCAGGGUAGAAUUGGCACCAUGCUCUCCAGAUCAGCCAUGCACGUGCCACAUUAUGCCCCUUCCAUGUUCAGGGAGUUUGACAGAUGGAAGGGCUAUCUGAGCCUUGCGAAAGUGGUUACGGAGAUCAUCGCGGAACGCAAGAAGGUCCCAUUUCCAUCUCAGAGUUGGGACACAAUGGAGUACGACAUGCAGCUAGUCCUCAACGAGGACAACUUUGAAACAGCAUCACAAUGGGUUAAUGGAAGCAGUUCCAGCAGCAAGAGCUCCAAAGGUAGUGCCAAUGGCCAGGCUUCCCAAAACAAGGAGAUUUGCAAUUUCUGCAAACACAACGGGGAAUCCAAGCAGGUCUAUUCGUCCCACCGGCUGAAGGGGAUGGACGGCACCGUGGAGUGCCCCAUCUUGCGCAAAUACACCUGUCCGCUCUGCGGUGCCACGGGCGAAAAGGCCCAUACUUUAAAAUACUGCCCACUGAGCCAAGGGAAGAGGUCGCUGUAUCGCAAGUGCGGACGUAACUCGGCUGGACGCAAGGUGAGGAGAUAA